AUGAACCCAUGUACUUCAUUGUGGUAUCUCUCUUUGAUUUCCACGCUCGCUUUCGUGGCUUCUAACACUGUGCCCUCAAAUGAAGUUUGGGCGCUUAGGUGCUUUAAAGAAGCUGUUUAUGAAGAUCCAUUUCAAGUUUUGUCCAAUUGGGAUACGGUAGAAUCAGAUCCUUGUAACUGGUUUGGCGUCACCUGCACUAUGGUUCGAGAUCAUGUCAUCAAUCUAAACAUAUCCGGAUCAUCACUAAAGGGGUUUCUUGCACCAGAGUUGGGGCAACUCACCUACUUGCAAGAACUAAUUUUGCACGGGAACAAUCUGAUUGGAACAAUACCUAGAGAGUUGGGCUUGUUGAAAUAUCUCAGGGUGUUUGAUUUAGGAAUGAAUCAGCUAACAGGACCAAUUCCUCCAGAGAUUGGAAAUCUAAUUCAAGUUGUGAAAAUAAACUUGCAGUCCAAUGGCUUAACUGGUAGGCUACCUCCUGAGUUUGGAAACUUAAGAUUCCUUCAAGAACUUCGGCUGGAUAGGAAUAGACUUCAAGGACCUAUUCCUGCUGGCGGUAGCUCUCAUUUUGAUUCAAAUAUGCGUGGGAUGUAUGCAUCAAAGGAGAAUGUAACUGGACUCUGUCGUUCAUCUCAGUUGCAAGUAGCGGACUUCUCAUAUAAUUUUUUAGUGGGUAGCAUACCCAAAUGCUUGGAGCAUCUUCCGAGGUUAAGCUUUCAAGGGAAUUGCAUCCAGAGCCAGGAUUUAAAGCAGCGACCUUCUAUACAGUGUGCGGGUGCUUCACCUGCCAGUGCCAAGAGCCAGCCAGUUGUGAAUCCAGGCCACCAAACUGCUGAAUAUGUGUCCAAUCAUCACGGAGCAUCAAAACCUGUUUGGCUUUUGGCUCUUGAAAUAGUAACUGGAACUAUGGGGGGCUCUCUCAUUCUGGUUGCUAUUCUUGCUGCUUUUCAGAGAUGUAACAAAAAAUCAUCUAUAAUUAUUCCUUGGAAAAAAUCUGGAAGCCAGAAAGAUCAAACAGCGGUAUAUAUAGACCUCGAGAUGUUGAAAGAUGUGAGAAGGUAUAGCAGACAAGAGCUUGAAGUGGCCUGUGAAGAUUUCAGCAACAUAAUUGGGUCCUCACCAGACAGUGUGGUUUACAAGGGAACAAUGAAAGGUGGGCCUGAGAUUGCUGUGAUUUCCCUCUGCAUCAAGGAGGAGCAAUGGACAGGAUAUCUUGAGCUCUAUUUUCAGAGAGAGGUGGCAGACUUGGCUAGGUUAAAUCAUGAUAAUAUAGGAAAACUACUUGGCUAUUGUAGAGAGGAUACUCCAUUUACAAGGAUGUUGAUUUUUGAUUAUGCUUCAAAUGGGACACUUCAUGAUCACCUACAUUGUUAUGAAGAAGGAUGUCAAUUCUCUUGGACACGGCGUAUGAAGAUUGCCAUAGGCAUUGCACGUGGACUCAAGUAUUUGCAUACCGAAGUGGAGCCUCCAUUUACUAUCUCAGAGCUGAAUUCUAGUGCUGUAUACCUUACAGAAGAAUUUUCCCCUAAGUUGGUUGAUUUCGAAAGUUGGAAGACAAUUCUUGAAAGAUCAGAGAAGAAUUCUGGUUCCAUUGGCAGCCAAGGUGCUAUCUGUGUUCUUCCAAACUCCCUUGAAGCACGCCACCUUGAUACCAAAGGAAAUAUAUUUGCUUUUGGGGUACUUUUGUUGGAGUUAAUCAGCGGGAGACCUCCAUACUGCAAGGACAAAGGAUACUUGGUUGACUGGGCCAAGGACUACCUUGAAAGGGGAGAUGAAAUGUCACGCGUGGUGGAUCCUGAACUGAAACAUUUUAGACAUGAAGACCUCAAAGUGAUAUGCGAGGUAAUAACUCUCUGUAUGAACCCUGAUAAAUCUGCGCAUCCAUCUAUGCGAGAAAUAUGUAGCAUGCUGGAGAGCAGAAUCGACACGUCAGUAAGCGUGGAGCUUAAGUCAUCAUCUUUGGCUUGGGCCGAACUUGCACUUUUAUCUUGA